UUUCACAGAUGCGAUGAACCAGUCACCGUGACCAUCAAUGUGAAGGUCAGUAAAGAAAAUAUCGAUUGGACCCAUGUCUUCGCUUCCGGUGACAAGCUUGCUGUCCCAGGGCUGAGAAAAUCAAAGACCUCCCAAGAAGACUUGGACAUCAUGGUUUUCAUAGAACCAAAAAACGACACGUUAACUUUGAAGGUGACACUAAUAGGAAAAAGGACGACAGAUCGGAUCGAUCAAAAGCUGCCAUUUUCCACAGAUCACUGCGGUUUUGUUCGCUGGUGGGAGAGCCGUGACAACGCUGGACGCAUCGCGCUGCUCGUGGCGUCUGCAUUUGUGGUCUUGUCAAUCGUUUCUUGUUGUUUCUGUUGCGGAUGUUGUUGUUGCUGCCGUUGUUGCCGCAAGAAGAACGCUGGAAUUGUUUGAUCCUUCCCCCUUCCCCUCCCCCCCAGUCAGAGAUGGUUCUAAACUGCUCUACCUGGUCUUCAGUAAAACAAGUUUGCCGCUUUUAGAUACGCGUAGUGGUUACGUGACUAUACACUCCUUUGUUAUUCGCUACCGUGAAUUUACAGUCAAAACGCAAUCAUGAUACUAUAACUUGAUUAUAAAGAUGGCCACUAAAUGUCGUAGUACCUAGUAAAAGUCGGUUCCAUGCUAAGUCGUAACUCUCUCAGUCUCAGUCACGUUGUGCAAAUAUAUUAGAAUGUUAGCUUGGCUCUAAGAGUAAGCGUGAUUUUUUUACCUCUUUUUUACGUUUUCAUUCGGGCGAACGCAAGCGUUAGGCGAGUGCAAAGAGUGGAUCACGUGUGGGAGGAAAAUCGCGAUUUUUUCGCGUUUAUCCUCUCGCGCGUGACUUGCCAUUCGUGGUCGCUCAGCGCGUGCUUCUGCUCGUCUGAAAAUGCAAAACGUCAAUAAUAAUGAUAGUAACGAUAGGUUCAAGAUUUAUGAAGAUAAAAAAUGAUAAUGAUAACUUUGAUUUAAUAACUUAACAAGGUCAAAAGUACCUUUUUUCGAUAAGACUGUUCGUAAGAUUUUGAUUUUGAUGAAACUAUAACCAAGAGAAAGUAAAGAGUAUUUUUGGAGUCAACUUUUCAGUGAGUUAACAGUUAAUGUGGAUUGCUUAAAACGUACUGUAAGACGUUCUUCAUUUUUUUUUAUUAAAAAACCUUUCUACAGAAUAAAA